AUGUAUGCCAAAAUAAAACACGCUGAGAAAUUACUAGAUAAUAAAAAUGCGCAUAGUUCUUCAAUUAAAGACAUUGUACCCAAGCAACAUUUACCGUCCAUUGAAGUACCUAAAUUCUCAGUCGAAAAAGAAAGUUCCUCCACGCCUUUACGCGUUGUGUUUGAUGCAUCUGCGAAAAAUUCAGAAUUCACUUCCUUGAACGAAAUUUUGCAUGUUGGUCCUAAAUUACAAACCGACAUUUGUUCAAUCCUUCUAAAUUUUCGUUUCGGGCCUAUAGCAUUAACAGCUGAUAUCAAACAAAUGUAUCGUAAUAUUUGGGUUCGUAAACAAGAUAGAAAAUAUCAAAAAAUCUUAUGGAGACCGUUUCCCGAUGCACCCAUUGGCAUCUAUGAAUUAAAUACCGUAACUUUUGGUCUAUCAUCAUCUCCCUUUCAAGCUAUCAGAACCAUCAAACAACUAUCCCGAGACGAAUGUUCCAAAUAUUCUCAAUCUAUUUCUAGAAUUCUUGAGAACGAUGUCUAUAUUGAUGAUGUGGUUACAAGUAUCGACUCCUUGGAUAGCGCUAAAACCAUUUGCGAGGGUUUGCAGACUGUAUUAUCGUCUGGUGGUUUUGAAUUAAAAAAGUGGGAAUCUAAUAAUUCUAAUCUGCGUAAACUUUUUUCUGAUUCUGAUGUACAAAAUAAACAUUUCUCUAAAUCGGAUUUUCAAAUGGAAUCUUCUACAAAGGUAUUGGGAUUAAAAUGGGAUCCCUUAUCAGAUAAUUUUUCAUUCGAAAUAAAGCUUACGUGGAGAAAAUGGACAAAGAGACAACUUCUUUCAGUAAUAGCGCGAAUCUGGGAUCCUCUGGGUUUCCUAACUCCGAUAGUUGUUAAGAUAAAAAUAUUAUUGAAAAAAAUUUGGACAUUAAAAAUCGAUUGGGAUGAGGAAUUACCAUCAUUUAUUAUUACAUCAUGGUUAGUCGUAUAUUCCGAAUUAGAGCAUCUUAAUAACUAUCAGAUUCCGCGUUAUCUCGAAACAUCAAAACAAAACAAAUGUUCAUUAUUUGGUUUCGCGGAUAGUUCAGAGCAAGCGUAUGGAGCGGUAGUUUAUAUUAAAUCUCUUGGCAAUCCGAAUUUCUUGUUGAUUUCAAAAUCGCGUGUAACACCGAUUAAAAACCAAACAUUAGCCAGGCUUGAACUUUGUGCCUGUCAUUUACUGUCAAAACUUCUGAAUUUUAUAUUAACGAAUAACCAACAUAGUAUAGAUUUUGAUUCUAUUUACUGUUUUUCCGAUUCUAUGAUUGUCCUUCACUGGUUAGCAGGACCGGCUACUCGUUGGAAAACAUUUGUAGCCAAUAGGGUAACAAAAAUACGGGAUCUCAUUCCUAAUGCACAAUGGCUUCACAUUCCUUCUAAUCAAAAUGCAGCCGAUUGUGUUUCUCGAGGUCUUCGACCUAAGGAUUUUAUCCAACAUAAGAAUUGGUUGUUUGGGCCGGAUUGGUUGAAUGGUCCUAUAUCAACUUGGCCUGCAAAAACGGUUGAACCUUCCGGAGAUAUUGAUCAAGAAAGAAAAGCUAACGCUCUAAUAGUAAAGAGUGUCAUACCACCGAUCAAUCCUUUAUAUGAAUUAACGCAAAAAUUUUCUAAUUGGUGCAAACUUGUAAGAAUUUUCGCUUAUAUAUUGAAGUUUUGUAAAAUUAUAACAAAUCGAAACCGACUUUUGACUUCAGAUUUGAAACAAGCCGAGGUUAUUAUUAUUCGUUUAGUCCAAGAACAUCAUUUUCCCGAAGAAUUCAAACUAUUAACGAACGGAAAGUCUUGUUCGAAGAAGUUUUGCCGACUAAAUGUGGUUUUGGAUUCUAAUAAUUGUUUACGCGUUAAAGGUAGAUUAGGAUUAACAACUAAUAACAAUCCACUUCUUUUGCCAAAAAAAGACCAAGUAGUAAAUUGUCUCAUAGAUUACUACCAUAUUAAUAAUUUACAUACUGGAUCAAACUUAGUAUUAUCUUUAUUGAGGCAAAAAUAUUGGAUCUUGUCGGCUCGUGCAAUAAUUCGCAAUCGUCUUAACAAGUGUAUAACUUGUUUUCGACAGAAUCCGAAACCCAUUUUUCCAUUCAUGGGCGACUUACCAGUACCGCGCAUAACAGCCAGUAGAGCUUUCCUAAACGUCGGCGUUGAUUAUGCAGGCCCCUUCAAUAUCUCCAUGAGUCGUCACAGAGGCGCUCGAACCUACAAGGCUUAUAUAUGCUUGUUCAUCUGUUUAGCCACUAAGGCGAUACAUCUCGAAUUAGCUUCAGAUUUAACAAGCGAUACAUUUUUAGAUUGCUUGAAACGAUUCCUAGCCCGGCGUGGUCCUAUUAAAUGUAUUUACUCCGAUUGUGGAACCAAUUUUAUAGGAGCCAAAAAUACUCUUGAUUCCUUAUUCCUUCUCCUAAAUUCCGAAGAGUAUAAAAAGCGUUUCAAUGAAUUAUUGGUUUUACAUGACAUUGAAUGGAAAUUUAAUCCACCGUUUGCCCCACAUUUUGGAGGUAUAUGGGAGGCGAAUAUUAAAUCAGUGAAGACCCAUUUGUUUAAAGUUAUAGGGUUGCAAAUUUUAUCCUACGAAGAGUUUAAUACAGUCCUCAAUCAAAUCGAAGCCUUACUGAAUUCAAGACCGUUAUGUUGGCUGAGCAAUGAUCCAUCGGACCCUCAACCUCUUACGCCUGCGCACUUUUAA